CAAUUUUGCAGUAUCAAAAAUUCAAGACUCUGUCCUGUUGAUUGUGCACAUAGUUUCUGAUUCCAGUAUGACUAUAACUUCAGAAGAAAUUGUGGGAUUUGAGGAUGAGACGGCAGAGCUGAUGCAUCGACUUAUAUGGGGCACGAAACAUUUAGAUGUAGUCGCCCUAGUUGGAAUGCCUGGAAUAGGAAAGACAACUAUGGCGAAGAGAUUGUAUACUCAUAAUGAUAUUACAAGUCGAUUUGAGGUCUGUUCAUGGUGCACUAUUUCUCAAGUAUAUAAUAAGAGAAAGACAUUGCUUGAAUUAUUGGGUAAUUUGGUUCCUCUUAAUGACAACACGACAAGGAGGAGCAAUGAUGAACUAGCAGUUGAGUUGCGAAAACGUUUGCUGAGAAACAAAUACUUCAUAGUCAUUGAUGAUUUAUGGAGCAUUGACACAUGGGAUGCCUUAAAGAGAUGUUUUCCAGAUGAUUACAAUGGUAGUAGAAUCAUUUUGACAACUAGACAAGACAAAAUAGCUUCUUAUACUAAAGUUUUUAGUGCUCCUCAUCGUCUUCGUUUAUUCACAGAUGAAGAAAGUUGGCGGUUAAUGCAGAAGAAUGUGUUUGUAGCUGAAGAAAGUUGCCCUCCAGAACUUGUUGUAAUAGGAGCGCGAAUAGCACAGAUCUGUGGAGGGCUUCCACUUGCUAUUAUUUUGGUAGCUGGUGUUCUUGCAAAACUGGAGAAGGACGAAGUUCGUUGGGAAGAAGUUGCUUAUGGUUUAAGUUCAUGUAUUUCUGGUGAUAAACAAAAGUACAUGGACAUAAUCAACUUAAGUUAUAAACGUUUACCUGGUCACUUGACGAAUGGCUUUGUUUACUUUGGAAAACAUUUUGAGGAUGAGCUUUUGGUUCGAGAGUUAAUUCAGCUUUGGAUCGCGGAAGAAUUUGCAGUAGGUAAUGAGUUAAAGAGUGCAGAAGAUGUAGCAAAGGAGUACGUGAAGGAACUAAUAGAUAGUAACCUUGUAAUGGUUGUUGGAAGGAGUUUAUUUGGGGAGGUGAAAGCAAUUCGUAUGCAUGAUCUGUUGCGCGAGUUCUGCUUGUCUAGUUGUAAGAGUUAUAGAUCGCCUAAUUCAACUGCUGCUGAGCGCGAACGUGGCAUUUCACUUGAUUUCCGUUAUAAUUAUAAACAAGCUGAAUAUUUAUAUCCCCAUUCUGCUAUCUCCCGAGUACCCUAUUCUGUUGACGAUGUACUUAACCAGAACAACUUUCUCAUCUUUGAUUGCAUCAGUUUUUUUGCCAAACCAAGAAUCACAUCACUGAGAGUGUUGGAUUUGGUGUGUGUCACAUUGAGCAAUGCAUCUUAUAUUCAAUUCUUGAUUAAUUUAAGAUACUUGGCCCUGAAGGGGAAUUUUAAGGAAGAUCCAUCAUGGUUAUCCAACCUGAAGUACUUAAAAACAUUGAUACUCAGAGAAUCGCGCAGAUUAGAUCUAUCGUAUGCAAUAUGGGGUAUGUUGAGCUUAAAACAUUUGGAAGUGACUGGUAAACCAGCUGUCAUCAGGUGCCAUGCCCCAGAGUUUAAGAUAAAACGUCGUUUAACAAAAUUACAAUGGCUUUCUUUUGUACAUUUACCUGAAGGAGAAGAGUUUCAAGAGUUUGUGUCAAAAGUACCCAAUUUAGUAAAGAUGAGGUGCUUGGUUGAUGAGCUACAAGGUGAUCAGACAUGCAUUAGGCUUCCAGGUUUAGACUCUUUGAAUAAACUCGAAUCACUUAAACUUAAGAUCUCUUUUCUAAAACGUGCUGCAAAGCGACUUGAUCAGGUCAACUUCCCUACGAACCUCAAGAAGUUGACCUUGUCAUCAGGUCAAUUACCAUGGAGUGAAAUUUCAACCAUAGGAAGAUUAGUAAACCUGGAGGUGCUCAAGUUGGAAUCCAAUGCUUUCGAAGGAGAGAAAUGGGAUGUCGAAAAUGAGGAGUUCCAAAACCUCAAGCUCUUGAUGUUCUAUAAAAUGAAUAUUCCACAAUGGAACUUUAUGUCCUUUCCUAACUUACAACAUUUGAUAUUCAGAAAUAGUAGACUGAAAACAAUUCCUCGCGACUUUGAAAACUUACCUUUGCUGCAGAUGAUUGAGGUGUCUUGGUGCAAAUGCAGUCACGAUGCCUUAAACUCUGCUCAAGAGAUUAAGAAAACUCAAACUGAUAUGGGAAAUCAUGAAUUUAAGCUCAUAAUCAAAUCUAGAGAGGAGGAUGAAGAAGAAGAAGAAGAAUUUGGAUCGAAUUGGCAAGUUGACGUGCAUCUGAGAAAUUGGAAAUAUCUUUUCUGUUUUGUUCUAGCUCUUUUCUUGAUCAUUUUCCAGCACUUUUUCCAGUUACUGAUGAAAUGA